AUGUGGAGUGAAAUUCUAUUGGAAUGGAUAAAUUGUUUAGAUGUUUUAGGAUCUAACAUUAAAGAUUUGAAAGAAUUGGAUGAUGGAAAGGUAUACAAAAAAUUAAUAGAAUUGUUUUCCUGGGAAGGUGUUAAAAACAUUUCAGAAGCAGACAACGUUAUAUGCAAAUUUAUACAAGAUGAAUAUCCAGAGUAUGAAUGUGAUGAUAAAGAUCUGGAAGCGAAGGAACACGUGUAUACAGCAUCCCUGUUUUUGUUGCGUGCAUCUCAGGAAUCACUAUUUCAAAAUUCAAUGUGCAAUAACUUGCAACAUGAGACACAAGUCAAGAUUAAAGCGUUUCUUGAAAGUAUUAUACCAUACGGAAAGAUCAUAAAGAAGGAAACUUUAAAGAACGUGAUUGCCAAGGUAGAAGAUGGUUUGAGAAUCUGUUUAACGCCGAAAUCAAAAACUCUUACAGAAUUUUUCACAUCUCCUACCAUGCGGUCAGUCGAAAGUCAUAAAUUGUUAACAACAAAGAAUAGGGAAUUGAGGAUACUGAGGAGUGAAUUAGAAGUGGAGAGACUUGAGAAAAUCGAUUUGCAGGAUGACUUGAAAAUUCAUCAAAGCAAAAUACAGAGUCUACAGGAAAAGUUGAAAGAGAAGAUUGCUGAGAUAAAGGCGUUGAAGGAAGAGAGCUUGAGAGUACAAACGCCACAGUCCUGUAAGAAAAGUAAGAAUGCAAUAAACUCUGAACGACACUAUAGGAAAGAAAUAGACCGUUUGGAGGAUCAACUCGGGGAGAAACAGUGUGAGAUACACAAUCUUGAAACGGAUAAUGAAACUCUGAGAAAGAAGUUGGCGUGCGUGAAACAGCAGUGCGGAUGUUACAAAGAAAAGAUAGAAAAUUACGAGAGGAUUUUAGAAAAUAUGGAACAUCAAAUGGAGAUGAAGGACAGGGAAUUGGCGAAUUUGAGAAUGACCAACGACGAGUUACGUGGUCAUCUAAAGGGAGCGGUGGCGGAUCAGAGUUUUGAAAUAGACGGUGUAGUACCCUUUGACACUCUUUCAACAUCAUUCAACUGCAGCGAAACCAUGAGCACCGUGAUUGAAAUUCAAUUACGAGAAGCGAAGGAGGAAUCAUCUUUGUUGAGGACCCAACUGGAAGCAUCGAAUAAACAGUUGGAAUCUACUGCUGAAAUGUAUAAGAAUGCAACGAAGAUGUUGGAAGAGAAGACACAAAUGUUACACAGUACAGAAGUGAAAUUAGAUGAAACUGUCAAUAAUUUAAACAAGAAAAUUGAUUCCCUGGAGAAAAAGGAAAACUCGUUGACAAUUAAGAAUCAGAAUUUAGAGGCACUGUGCGCUUCACAAAAGGAAUCUUUAUUACAUGCAGAACAAUCGAAAGCUGUUUUAACCGAUGAAAUAAAUACUUUAAAAGGCAGAAUAAAAGAUUUAGAAAAAUCCGUAUCUGACGAAAAUGUAAAUAACGCUAUAUUGAACAAUGAGAUGGCACAAGUCAAGUCGCAAGUAAACGAAAAUCUCAAGUGCAUAGAAGCUCUGACGGAGCAAAAUAAUUUAUAUAAAACUUGUAUAGAUUUGUACAGUAAAAACUUGAGAGAAAUUGUUCUCGACUAUUUCGAAACCGACUGUUCGGAAAACCUGAACGAUAGUACAGUAGACGGUCUCAUAGAACGUGUCCAAACGAUAUUAUGUAAUUUUGAUAGAAAGUACAAUUCAAUUCAAAUGGAAUUAAAGUCGAAAAAUAAUGCUAUCGACGAAGCUAAUCUAAGAGUAGCAACUUUCCAGUCACGAGUAUCUCAUUUGGAGGAAAAAGAUGAACAGAACAUUGCGAAAAUUAAGAAGCUGCAGGAAACCGUUACAAAUAGUACAACGAGAGUUGACGAACUUGAUAGUAUUAUAAAGAAGAAUUCCGAGGAAAUUUCACAUUUAAGACAAGUCGAAUUAAGGAAAGAAGAUUUAGAGAAGGAUAUGGACAAGUACAAACAGGAAAUAAACAGAAAAAAUGCACUGAUACAGACUUCCGAGAAGCAUAUAAAAGCAUUGAAAAAAAAUAUUGAUACUUUCAGGGCAGAAUUUUUCUCCAUGAGAGAGAAUAUACUGAACCAGAUUAAUGAACAGCAAAAAUACAACGACAAGAAGGACAAGAGCAUUUUGAAUACCUGUAAAAUAUUAUACGCCAGUUGUACUGAAGAACAACUUUCUAAGGAGAAGCUUAAAAUCGAGCUUGCUGAUAACGAAAAGGAGUUAGAGGUCAGUAGGAGUCUGAACGUUGCGUUACAAAAUGAAUUAAGAGGAAACAGGGAAAUCAUAAGUAGCAUGGAAACAAAGUUGACGAUUGCUGAAGAAAAGUUGGCGAAAGUUAAAAAAAUGGAAGAGAUACUUGAAGAGCAACGCGAUCAACUCAAAUCCGAGAAUGAAAAGAUUCUGCUCGAUUUAAAUGAUGCAAAUGUUAAGCUCGAGGAAGCUAAACAGGAAGCGCAUAGUGCUUCGGACGAGCUAAAGAUUGAAGAUGAGAAAAUUUGUGGUCUCAUCGAGGAAAUCGCUAAUUUAAAAUUAGAGAUUGAACGUGAAAAGCAGUUACGAGCAGGAUGGGAGUCGAAGACAAGGGAUUUUAUCAAAAAACUGGAGACAAAAUUGUUAGAGAAACAAAUUCGUUUAGAUCAAUUGGAUGUGGUUGUGAAACUGAAACAAGAAACGUUGGAACUUGUGCAGGAUAAGUAUAAUAAAUUAUCGAAGGAGUCAAUUGUAUCCGAAAUGAAGAUGAAGGAAGUGAUUACAAAUCUGCAAGAAGUGAGAAGUAAUCAGGACGCGGUGUUAAAAACUCAAGAGGAAGCUUUGAAGGAGAGGUGUUUGCAAUUGGAACAACUACAGAAGGAAUACGACGAAACUAAAGCGAUGCACGAGAAGCAAUUGAGAGAACUUCACGAUAAGUACAAAUCUAAAGUCGACGAGAUUAAACAAAACAUGAAAGCAGCGUAUAACGAGCAAAUAAGAAAGCUAAACAAAGAUCAAGAACAGUCCGUACAGGAGAGAUUGGAGUCGUUGCAAAAGAAGAUGGAACUACAGUAUCGUAAGCAGGCGGACGAAUUGAAUAAAUACAAGGCUCAUGUAACAGACAUGAGCUCGCGAUAUUGGAACAUUGGCGAGAAACUGUUGAGCGAGCAACAAGAGAAGGAAAAAUUACAAAAGGAACUGGCUGAAUGGAAAGCUAAAUGUCGGUGUUUGGAUAGAAGAAUACUUUCGUCGAUAGAAAAUAAAAUUUCCAAAUACGAACAAAAGGGGGAAGGGCCGGAUGAACUUUUACAGAAAAUUACGACGAUACAAGAGCAAUCAACGUACGAGAGGAGAUACAGUAUUAGAAGUAUACAGGCAAUGGGUAACGCGUUUAAUGCGGAAGAUGAAGAGGGAGAAGUGCCCGACAAUAUUUAUUUGGCUGACAUGAGAGAUGGUAAUUCUACGUUCGACAAGGACAGAUUAUCUAUUUUGAAGAGAAGAAACGCUCUCUGCAAACCUCAUUUGAAAUCAUCUUAUCCUGCCGAAAUGCAGUUUCAUCCCUUACCCUUCUCGGAAGAAGAAAUUAAGACUGGUUCUGCGGACGACGUAUUUAACGACAGCUUAAGUCAAAGUUUGCUUCCUGAACAGAAAGUUAGGAAAAAGGAUAAAACUCAAUCCUCGUAUAAAAAACCUGGUCCUCCGACUCCUGCUAAGAACGGAGGAAGAUUAUCGUUGCAGAGUAACGAAUUGAAAAGUCCGAAUUCAAUAACAAUGCGAGACAGAAAUAAAGACAGAAUAACUACUACACCUGGAAGAUUGAGAAGUUUGUUUACUUCUUCACGGCGUCAGAACGAAACCAUUAUAAUUACGCCAAAAAGUCGAAGAAGCAGCAUAUUCAGAAAGUGUCGAAAUAUAAAUGACAGAUAAAAAAUGUCUACGGAUGCAACAUAGAAAUGUUUAAUGGCAAUGGUGUCAUGGUUGUAAAUAGCAGAUGUAUUUUUUCUGUAAGAUUUUUCAUACAAGACUAUAAUAAUUGUACAGCAGUGGACGUGAAACUAUAAUUUUAACGGUAGAUGAUUUAAGUAAGCGAUGUAUAAAAACGAUUUUACCACUCGUAUUUUAUUUAUUUAGAAUAUCUUUUGAUAAUUUUAUACCGACGUUAUUGUAUACAUACGAUGAUAUUAUUACAUUGUCAAAACCUAAUUUUAAUGUAAUUAAAUGUAAUAAAAGAUUAUUGAGAUGGUAAUUUUGUUUUCGAUAUAAAAAGAUUUUGGAUUAUAAAGUUUUAUUAUUACGCGCUUAUCGUACAAUUAAUUAUUACAUGACGUUACAUUAGUAAUUAGUAAGUAUAGACAGUAAAUUAGACAUGACAAAAAUUGAUGAAAUAGUAGUUUAACCUG